AGACUGACCAAGGGCCAUGGUGGUGGUGGCAGCCGCACCGAGUCCGGCCGCCGGGGCUCCUAAAGUACUGCUUCUACCGGGUCAGCCCGCCGCCGCUGCCGCCGCCGCCGCGGGAGCCCCGGCCGGCCGGGCCCUGCCGCUCAUGCUACCCGGUCAGAGAGGGGCCAGUCCGGAGGCGGCCGGUGAGGGGCCGCCUCAAGCGCGCAAGCGACAGCGCCUCACACACCUGAGCCCUGAGGAGAAGGCGCUGAGGAGGAAACUGAAAAACAGAGUAGCAGCUCAGACUGCCAGAGACCGGAAGAAAGCUCGGAUGAGUGAGCUGGAACAGCAAGUCGUGGAUUUGGAAGAAGAGAACCAAAAGCUUCUGCUAGAAAACCAGCUUUUACGAGAGAAAACGAAUGGCCUUGUCAUUGAGAACCAAGAGUUACGGCAACGCUUGGGGAUGGAUGCCCUGGGUACUGAAGAGGAGGCGGAGGCCAAGGGGAAUGGAGUGAGGCCAGUGGCCGGGUCUGCUGAGCGCAGCACUCAGACUACGUGCACCUCUGCAGCAGGUGCAGGCCCAGUUGUCACCCCUCCACAUCAUCUCCCCGUGGAUCUUGACAGCGUGGACUCUUCAGACUCUGAGUCUGAUAUCCUGUUGGGCAUUCUGGACAACUUGGACCCAGUCAUGUUCCUCAAGUGUCCUUCUCCAGAAUCGGCAUCUCCCAGUCUGGAGGAAGUCCCACAAAUCUACCCAGAAGAACCCAGUUCCUUACCAGCCUCCCUUCCUCUGUCAGUGGGGACGUCAUCAGCUAAGCUGGAAGCCAUUAAUGAACUAAUUCGUUUUGACCACGUCUAUACCAAGCCUCUGGUCUUAGAGAUACCCUCGGAGACAGAGAGCCAACCUAAUGUGGUAGUGAAAAUCGAGGAAGCACCUGUCAGCCCCUCAGAGAACGAUCCCUCUGAGUUCAUUGUCUCUGUAAAGGAAGAACCUAGAGAAGAUGACUUCAUUCCAGAGCUGGGCAUCUCCAAUCUGCUUUCGUCCAGCCACUGCCUGAAGCCAUCCUCCUGCCUGUUGGAUGCCUAUAGUGACUGUGGAUACGAGGGCCUCCCUUCCCCGUUCAGCACCGUGUCCUCUCCCCUCGGUGUAAACCACUCUUGGGAGGACACCUUUGCCAAUGAACUCUUUCCCCAGCUGAUCAGUGUCUAAGAAGUGAUCCAGUACUGUUGUCCCUGUCCCUUGACUAUCCCACUGCCUGGAGUAGAGCAAACAAACUAGUGUCUGUGCUUCAUUUAAAAAGCCGAAGUAGAGGCUGCAGAACUUCCCCGAAUGCAUUUGUUCAGUUCUCAUAGACGAGCCCAAGAAUUGUCUCUUCACAUCCAGCAGUCCAAGGGCCUCAGGAACAGGUUCUGAGCUAUAGAUUUGGAGGUUUUAUUUCAGGGGCAGUGGCUUGGCCUUCAGUACUUCUGUCAGUCUCCCUAACGGACUUCCCAGAUCCACUGGGAAGUGGGAAUGUCUGAAAAUGGACUUUGAACUUAGGAUUGGCCCGUGUCGUAUCUCUCCCCGCCUCCUUCUCAGCAUCCCAGGCUUGCCUCCGAUUUUAGGCCCUUUAGUUUGCUUCUGCAAGCAGAGAUCACCUGCCUGAGGGGGCUUCAAGUAAAGAUCAAGAAUCUUUUGUAAAAUUACUGAAAUUUACUAUGUAAAUGCUUUAUGAAAUCUUUCCCUGCUAGUAUAGCUUCUGGAAGGUGCUUUUUCCAUUUAUUUAAAACUACCCAUGCAAUUAAAAAGUGCAGUGCAGCA